AUGGAAUCAUCCAAUGUUCCGUACGUUCUCGAGGAGAACUCUGCCAAACCCAAGAGGUACGUUAACUCGUACAGUAAGCCGCUCUCUUCUCUUCUUCACAGCGUUUUCCAAUCCUUUCAUAGUUUCAGGUUUUGGAUGGAACUGACCCCCAGACGUCAUGAACUCCUUUGUACGUACCUUCUGGGUCUCGGAACGCUCUUCCUCUACACCGGAUAUUCCCUCCAGCAGUUCAUCGGAGAAUCGGUCAUCCAUUCAAUCCAUCAGAAGUCCCCGGAUACCAUCUCAGCCUAUGCCGGAUACUAUGGGUUGGCACAUCCCUUCUCAAUGAAAACUCCCUAACAACAACGAUUCCAGUGCUGCAUUCCAUCUGUCGGCGUUCGCACUUUGCACGCUCAUCACGCCGUCCCUCCAGCAUUUCGUGCCGAGCAAAUGGUUCCUGACCCUUGCCUCGACGCUCUUCGCCGUCUACUACCUCGGAUUCUUCCAGCUGAACAAGUACUACUUCUACCUGACCCAAGCCCUCAUGGGAAUCGGAUAUUCCUGUGAGUGAUUCAGUGAUAAACGAGCCUUGCUCAUUCAGAUACUUUCAGUCUACAACAACGGAGAAGGUCAGUACUUGUCGGAGCACUCGUCCCGUCGGACGAUCGAGUCGAACACGGGAAUCGAGACCGCCGUCGGACACGCGAGCAUGUUCUUCGGAGGAAUUGCCCUCAUCGUCCUGUGCUUCAUUCUGCACACUCCCAACGGAAAUGGAAUCGAAUACACCGAUCUGCAGAUCAGGUACACUACACGGAGAAAGAGAAGAGACUAUCAGAAAUAUACUGUUUCAGAUUCAUCUACGGAACAAUGUUCAUCCUCAACAUCUUCUCUAUCAUCGUAUUCGCCGCUCUUCCCACCAAACAGUACGACUCCAUCGCCUCCAAGUCGUCGACUGUCGUGCCCUCUUUCGCCAACCAAAUCAGUGAGCAUUUUUUCUCCGAUUUCUAACUCUCACAUUCCGGUUCAGAGCAACUUCUCAAAGCAUUCAAAUCCAAGAAUCUUCUGAUUCUGAUGCCGUUCUUCUUCUUCCAAGGAUUCGCCGUUUCCUUCCUGAUGACAGUCUAUCCGACGACUCUCUCCUUCACCUACACAUUCAAAACCGACAUCUACAUCAUCGGAAUUUACUCCGUCUCGAUGGGUUUGGCAGAAGCCAUCGGUUAGUUUGUCUGACCUAUUUUCCGUUAGAAUCGGUACUCCGCGUGUUCUCCACGUGCUUCUUUGCAAAAAUGCAAUGAGUACCGUAUCAAAUGAACCGAAAACCGCAGAAAAGGAGAGAACGUUUUGAUUGAUCACCUUAUCAGACACUUAAUCUCUCGUUGGUGAUUAAUCAGUCUUCAAGUUCAAAAAAAGAUAAACACGGGGGAACUGGGGAGUAGACGGUCAAUUCAGACUGAUAAGUGAAACGGUUACGGUACAUUGAAGAAGACGUUAUCAACUUAGUUUCAUUUGAUCGUAGUGAUCUCGAAAGACUACCUUUCCAGGAGGCAUCUUCCUCCGUCCGUUGAUCAAGAGAGCCGGGGACUACGGACUGUACGUGACGGCCGCCACGAACUUCGUCAGCUACUCGAUCAUCAUCGUGCUCGCCGUCCUCUCCAUUCCCAAUCUAGCCACCUUCGGCCCGACCACCGCGGCGCCACUCUUCCUGACUCCAAGGUACGGCCAUUUGUUUCUCUUUUUGUCAGAAUCUGUUAUCAUUCCAUGGUGGCCCAUUUCUCAUGUGAUUGCCGUCGAAAUUGAUAGGGAGUGACUUGUUUCUUUGCUUUUCUUUCACGGCGGUUUUCCAACACAGUAGCAAGGAAAAAGAGAUCACAUGUUUGUACUACGGGUGUACGGUGGCGCUGGGAAGGAUUAAUGUGAUAAGAGGGACCGAGUGAUAAUGUUGUCAUUGUGAUUAGUCGAUUAGCGCGGUGAAAUGAACCUGGUCGAAAGUACAAAACAGAAGUCCAUUUUGGAUAUCAGAUAAAAGAGAUUUUCUAUGAGGGACCGUGUAGGAUUCAAUCUGAAAACUCGCACGCCUCUGAUUUCAGUCGCUACCUGGUCUUCAUCAUCGGAUUCCUCAUCGGCUUCUCCGACUUUUGCGUCACAAUGGCCCGUGCGGUGAUCUGCCAAGUAGCGGUCCCUGACUGCCGAAUGCAGGUCUUCUCGCUCUCUAAACUCUACCAGGUUCGUCCUUCAUCCUAAUCCUCAAUCCUAAUCCCCAUUCUGAUUUCAGAGCGGCUCCUCGGUGGUUGUGCUCCUGCUCACCCCGUACAUGACCAUCUACACGUGGCUCUGCGUGCUCACCGUCUUCCUCUUCCUCGGCACCACCGGAUUCGUGAUCGUCGCGCGACGGACCGCCGCCGAUCGACAGAAGAACUCUGUGGCGCAUCCAUCGCAAGCCCAGUUGGCCGACAAGAUCUGA